CGAUUGCAACCCUAAAACCCUGAAAGCUAAAACCCUUCUCCGAAGCAUUCGAGGGUUUAUCACACACUCAUUCUCAAACCCUUCGUCAAUCAGACGAAAACCGAAAAACGCAAACUUCUUCGUCAAUCUCCACAACAUGACCAGCAGUGUGAUUCUCAGAAGAUCCUCUUCCGUAAUCUCGCGCCGCUUCUUCGCCGCUCUCGCCUCCGUCGAGCCGCUUCCUCGCAGGUUCCCCGCCGACAGGUACGGUGUCUCCGGCGACGGAUCCCGAACCAUUCACACGAAUCCCGGACCGUUGAAUUUCCGCGUGUCGGUGGUUCCUCGCGCGGCGCAGUUCGCUGUCGAGCGCGAUUACUCUAACUACGAGGAGGUUAGCGGCGCGAACAGUGACGAAGGACUAGAGGUCGCGAAUCUCGGGAUCGCUCCGCAGAUCGUAGAUGCUCUGGCCAAGAAAGGGAUUGCGAAGCUCUUCCCCAUUCAGAGAGCUGUGCUGGAACCUGCAAUGCAAGGACGUGAUAUGAUUGGUCGAGCUAGAACAGGAACAGGGAAAACUCUUGCUUUUGGGAUACCCAUCUUGGACAGUAUCAUUCAGUUUAAUGCUAAGCAUGGGCAAGGAAGACAUCCUUUGGCUUUGGUUUUGGCUCCGACUAGAGAACUUGCGCGGCAGGUUGAGAAGGAAUUCAAUGAGGCUGCACCUAACUUGGCCAUGAUCUGUCUUUAUGGGGGUAUGCCCAUCCAGCAACAAAUGAGGCAGCUUAAUUAUGGCGUAGAUAUUGCAGUAGGCACUCCUGGUCGAAUUAUUGAUCUCCUCAACAGGGGGGCACUGAAUUUAAAGAAUGUCAAGUUUGUUGUUCUUGAUGAAGCUGAUCAGAUGCUUCAAGUAGGAUUUCAAGAAGCUGUGGAGAAGAUCCUGGAAGGGUUGUCUCCAAAUCGUCAGACCCUUAUGUUCUCAGCAACAAUGCCAUCUUGGAUAAAGAAUAUUACCCGCAAUUACCUGAACAACCCCCUAACCAUUGAUCUUGUUGGAGAUUCUGAUCAGAAGUUGGCAGAUGGAAUUUCGUUGUACUCUAUUGUGUCUGAUUCGUACACUAAAGCAGGAAUUCUUGCACCUCUGAUAACAGAACAUGCGAAUGGAGGAAAGUGUAUUGUUUUCACUCAAACGAAACGUGAUGCUGAUCGAUUAUCAUAUGUCAUGGCAAAAAGCCUUAGAUGCGAGGCUUUGCAUGGAGAUAUUUCACAAACUCAGAGGGAAAAAACUCUUGCUGGCUUCAGAAACAACAAUUUUAAUGUUUUAGUGGCAACUGAUGUUGCUUCACGUGGGCUUGAUAUUCCCAAUGUUGAUCUUGUAAUACAUUACGAUCUUCCCAAUUCAUCUGAGAUAUUUGUUCAUCGAUCUGGACGAACUGGCCGUGCUGGGAAGAAAGGAAGUGCGAUUCUUGUUUACACACAAGGCCAAUUCAGGGCUGUGCAGACUAUUCAGCGUGAUGUUGGAUGCAAAUUUACUGAGCUACCAAAGAUUGAUGCUCCUGCUGGAUCAGCAGAGAUGUUUACUGGCAUGGGUGGUGGUCGAUCUGGCUCUAUGAGGGAUCGUCAAUCUGGAGGUACAGGUUUUGGUCGCAAUCCUGGACUUGGUCGUUCUGGGAGUUACGGAAACUCUGGAUUUGGCCGAUCUAGCUAUGGAAAUUCCAGUGAGAUGAAUAGAUAUGAUGGUGGCUUUGGUUCUGGUCAAGCAGGAACUCGAUUUGGUGGAAAGUCUCGCCCCAGUGGUUUUGGAGGAUUUGGUAGUUCAAACCAAUCUGGCAGUUUUAGAAAUUUUGGGUCGGGUCAAUCUGGUGCAUAUGGUGACAGAAUGUCAAGCCAAAGCAGCACCUUUGGUAAUUUACAUGGUGGUGGUUUCGGUGCUUUUGGGAAUAAUCCAAAUGUUGACAGUUACAACAGAGGAAAGGCUUUUUAACUUCAUCAACUUGGCACCUUGAGAUGGAAAAGGUUAUAUGGCAUAAGAAUAAUACAUUCUACUCUGAGGCAUCACACUUUUUUUAUUGGGACAAAUCUUCAUCUCAAACUUAAUUCUAGUGUUAUUCAUGGCAAAAAGAAGGGAGAAGGCUUGUAUCAUCUGCAUGUUCCACUUCUGCCAAUCAUUUCUGUGGCUCAUUAUUUUGCUUUGUUCGGUUGGUAGAUUAUGACUAUGAAAGUACAUGUAUAUGUAUAUGCCUUGGAAAUUUUGUAACAGCAGCUUUAUAGAUGGGUGAUCCAACUUAUUUAAUACUUGUUCCUCAAAAUUCAUAAUGGGAAAAGAUGGAAAUUUUUAGAAACAGUAGGUAUCAUAGAAGGAAAUUCUCGUAUUCUAAUUGAUGUAAUAUAUUAUGAACAAUUUGUUUUUGGUUGCGCCGUGGGUUACUUCCGGGAAUGAAUGAAAUAUUCAACAGCAUCUAGUUUUAUUAAAA